AUGAGACUAUUUCAACUCGAACAGAAACAGCUCUUAGUUGUGAAACAACUCUUAAUUGUGAUACCAAUGUUGUCAGUCUUGUCAACAGCGCUCAUAACUGCAGACUAUACACCUGAUAAUUGUGAUGUGACUUCAGCUACAAAGAAGAGCACUUCGUGGAUUCCGUAUACAGGAUUGAAACUACUCAGAGAAGUCGUUUUCAGAGACGAUUCAGUCCGCAGAUACAUGUCCUCAUCUCAAUGCGAUAAAGGUGAGUUGGAGGCACAAACGAUCUCUGGAACUGGUGAUGAGGCAGAUGUGGCAUGGGGGAUGCCAAUGUGUUUCUUUAGUGAAAGGAGAAUAGUCGUUGAUGACCCGAAGAAGCAUAUGAAGCCCAGAUAUAGAAACAUUUCACUCAGUGACCUUCCAAAAUUGCCUCAUUCAAGAAACCCACUUGCCAAACCACCACAGGUCUUGAGCUUAGAACCAAGGUCCCUUAGUGAUAAGUUACAAGAUUUAUUGGAACAAUUGAGUCGAGAUGGACAGCUCGUGGAGCAUACACAGGGUUCAUUGGUUUCCAAAUUACAAGACCUAAAAGUGAUUUCGUACAACAACCUAACACAGGAUGACGUUAACCAAUUGAAAUGUUUCAAGAUGGCUAGAAGAAAGAAAUAUUCACUGAGGAAUAAAACAUUGUACUCUCCAAACACAUGGGUUGGAGGGUUGUUCGAAUGCCAUGUUUCAGAAAGUGAAAAGUUGAGAUAUUUAGCAAGUUUGAAGAGUGCGGGUAGUAAAACUACACCAGCCAUUCCAUUCCAAAUAUCGUGUAACAGUUCCAAGCCACUACUUCCCUUGAUUGCAGAUGAUGCCACGUCAAUUUCUGCAUCUUUGGACGAUGAUCGUUUGUUAAAGUUGAGAAUUCCAUAUUUACUCACACCUGCAGUCUCACCUUUGGAAACUUUGAAAUUAGGUGGUAAACUUCCCCAGCUCAACAAGUUUCAACCCAGUGAUGUUAAUAACGAUUCAUCUCUGUACAACGAUGAAAAGUGGUAUGAAGGCAUUAGUGCAAGUGAAGACUACCACUAUUCUCCAGAAGAUGGAGAAAAGGUGCUAAAAGCGUUAAGACAUUCUAAAAGCCUUGUUGAAGACCUCUUGAAGCACAGAGAAGAUGCAAAUAUUAGACUGUUGUUUCAACAGGAUGAUAUAGAAUUGAAACUGAUUUAUCUGUUAUCAAAGUUGGACAAUGCAGAAACUUCUUUACAAUUUCUAAAGUCACUACAACAGCCAUGGGAUGAGCUCACUCUAUCAGAGGAGAGAUUUCACUAUUCCAACUUCUAGCUUUUUUUAAUGCACAAUAUAGAUGAUGCAUAUUUUAAUCCAGAGAAUACACUUUAAUGUUUAAAUUUAUAAUUUGGGAGGCUACCAAGCCCAUGGUGAAAUUGGUGACAAGUAUAUAAGGACUGAUGUUGGUUGACUUCUUCUCUUUCUUGGUUUCCCCUGGUUCGUGGUUGUAGCCUACACCGACUUUUAACUAUGGACCAAAUUAACGAACUCACGAAGAAAGCUAUGGAAAAAGGUGAAGAGCUCUCCAAGAAUAUCAUGGAACAUGGUAAAAACUUUACAUCUGGUGGCUCCAAGACAAAGGAUGAUGCUUUGAAAAAUGGUGGAAAGAUGAAUGAUGCUGCCAAAGAUACUGCUAGCAAGGCUACAACGGAAUGAAUAUGUUAUGCAC